AAAUUCCGCGAUCUCCUAUCCUUGAUGUCACAUGUUACAUGACAUGAUCAUAUGAUCGCGUCUGAAAUUGAUCGACGUCGAGGGAGUGUCUUUUAAAGUUUGGUUUUUUCACGCAACGAUGCUUCAACAAUUAUCGCUUCUCUUCUUCGUUCUUGUCGCAGUCCAUGCUAGCGGCGAAUUCGUCGUUCUUCAUUCACCUAAUAGUGUAGAAUUUACUGGAAAUGGGGAGAUUGAGCAAAGUAGUCUUAAAGAGAUCUUAUCAGCAGCUCUUGGAUAUACUGGGAAACAGAGGGAUUCAGAAUAUAGCAUUGCCAUAUGGGAUCCAUUUUCAAUGCCCAAGGCACUGGUUGCCAUGCCAAUUGAUGGAGUAGAGCAACUACCUUUUUUAAAGGAUAAAACUCAAGUCACUUAUCCUUUAAUUGUGGACGAGGCGGAGGAGACCACUUGGCAAGCAAUUAGGAGCAGAGUGGAAGAGCGAAGCAAUGAUAAUACAUUGGUCAGAAUUAACUUGAGCGAUGGAGUUGAUGCUCUCGGUCAGUCUGCACUCGGCGAGCUCAAGCCUGCUAAUAUGGAAAAAUUGAAGUUUCUGAGUCCAGAGGUUGAAGAGGAUUGCAAAUUCGUUGAGGAGAUGCAGCUUCUCCAUGCUAUCGCUGACAAUGCCUUCUCUGCGAAGAAACAUGAUUCUGGAACGGAUGUUUAUUGGCUAGUGAUAUCGGCGCUCAAACCGGUUUUGGAUCUGCACGGAAAUACUUCUGCGGCUGCCAAAGAAGCAUAUACAUUGCUAAAUGACGCAAUGAAGCACAUUUCCAAGGCCUUUGUGAAUACUUAUGAUGGCAAAAUUGUCAUUGCGGCUUUCACGAACGACGCCUGGAAAGUUAGGAACGCCCGCUCUGUUCUCAAUAGAGAACGCAGGGACACCCCGGCUCAUAAGACUAAAAAUGUUAAAACCACUGGUGGUGCCACGGAGCGCCAAUCAAACAUUAACAAUAAUUUAUUUGCCAAGCAAGGCGACGAGCAAGGCGGACAAAAUACAAAUACGGAUCAAGAGGCAAUAAAUAACACGACUAAUACUAUCGAAUCCACUGUCAACAACAAUUCUGAAUAUGCGGCUAAUAGCGUUCAGGCUAAUAGCGGGACGUCGGAUAAAUCCGACGAAGCUAAUGAAGAAUAUAAGAUAACUAAUAAGACACAAACAAUAGGACAGCCUGAAUUUUCUGGCCGCGCGAAAACUUACUCAGAGGACUAUCCUGUCAUCUUCAAUAUAAUGUUAUGGUUCGGUGUCGUGUUCGUUUUUUCGCUGUUGGCCAUUUGUGUCGCCAUUGCUGAUAUGGAUCCAGGACGGGAUUCCAUCAUAUAUAGGAUGACAUCGAAUCGAAUGAAAAAAGAUAAUUAAAUGUAAAUACAUAAUUAUAUAUAUAUAAUAUAUAUAUAUAUAUAUAUAUACAUAUAUCAUAGUAUGUAAGUAAAAAAUUUUGUAAUAUAUGUUUUUGCGCAAAAUGUAGUUCAUCGAAACAUGUGUAUAAUUUAUCUGUGUAAUUUAUCAAUUUUAAUUCAAGUAUGUUCAAAUAGAAAAGUAGGAUUCUCUCUCUCAUAUUUCUGUAUCCUGAAGAUUAUUUAAAUUAAAUGAUUCAAGCUCAUCAGAGCUAUUAAAUGGUAAGGAUAUACAUAAUGGUAUAAUUUAUUGAAACAAAAAAUGGUUGUUACGUUGUGCUGCAAUUACUGCAAGUUUGUACAUUCCUUGAAGGUUGUUUUAAAUAUAACAAUCGUCAAACUUAAAA